UUAGGAACCGAGACACCGCUCCUCGAUCCUUCUCCAGGUGUGGGCGGGAUGACAUGCCGUCCCUGUCAUCUGGACACACCCCCGGGAUCAAUCCUUCCUCGUCGGUGAUUGGCCGCCGGAGCUGUAGCUCAGGAGAGGCACACAGGCGGCCAAUCACCGGCGAGGAGGUGGAGCUUGGAAAGGAGGAGCCGAGCGGCACCGCGAAGAUCGAGCGAGUGAAGAGGAGGAGAGCGGCCGGAGAAGGAAGACAUCUGACCGGUAAGGGAGCGAGCGAGCCCAGGCUGGAGCAGGGGUCAGCAAGGUAAGUAUCAU